AUGCCAUCUGAUUUUGUCAGACAGGCUAGAUCACUAGGAGAGUUAAAAAGAUGGAAAGCUACAGAGUUUCGUUCAUUUCUUAUCUAUACUGGUCCCUAUGUAUUGAAAAAUGUAUUAAAAAAUGAUCUUUAUAUACAUUUUCUUUGUCUUAGUAUUGCUAUUCGUGUGUUAGAUGACAAUAAUUCUAGUUCUAAUGCCAUUGGCUAUGCAUCAAUGCUGUUAAAUUGGUUUGUAUCUAAGUCUGUGGAUUAUUAUGGUCCAACAUUUACUACAUAUAAUGUUUAUAACCUGAUUCAUUUGUCUGAAGGUGUUAUAAAGUUUCAAAUGACCCUACUUGAUAUGUCUCUAUUUUCGUUUGAAAAUUAUUUGCAGCGUCUGAAAAGAUUGUUUCGUGGUAAGAACAUGCCACUUGCUCAAAUUGUCAAGCGUUUAGGAGAAAUAGAUUGCUUAGAUAUCAAAUUUUUGAGAAAAAAACGCAAAUCAAAAGUAGUCCCUGGUGGUAAAGUUGGCUAG